GCGGAACUACAGGACGUGGGGUUCCGGUCCGGCCCCGAUUCCCGGCUGCCCCCGCGGUGUCCUCUCUUUUCCGGUCCAGAGGCGGCGGAGACGAGCGCGGCUCCGGUGCGACCAUGGCCAAGUCCAAGAACCACACCACGCACAAUCAGUCCCGUAAGUGGCACAGAAAUGGCAUCAAGAAGCCCAAAACUCAUAGAUAUGAAUCUCUCAAAGGGGUUGAUCCCAAGUUUCUGAGGAACAUGAGAUUUGCAAAGAAACACAACAAAAAAGGGCUGAAGAAGAUGCAGGCCAACAAUGCCAAGCAGGCAGCUCAGCAGGCAGCUCAGCAGACUGCUCAGCAGAAAAAGGACUGAUGUGCUUCAAUAAGAAGACCCAGUUUUCUUACUGGCAUGUGUGUUACAGCAUUUUUUUAAAAUAAAAUUGUAUGUAACAAAGUGUUCA